ACCAAAAAAAAAACAAGUCAUUUACUGAAUCAUGUCUCAACAAGCUCGUCUGUGUAGAGAAAUCAUCGAAGAAGAAUUUGGACCCUUUGUAGCAAAAGUGGCUCAUCAAAUCCUUCUCAAAGGACGAUUGACAUUGCCAGAUAUUGUUCGCUUCACCAAAUUGACACCUAAACAGAUUCGAGAAUCCUUAGUAGUAUUGAUUCAGCAUGGUUUGGCAUUCUUUACCGAGGCUGUUGAAGGUCAAAAAGAGCAGACCCAUUAUCAAGUUAGUGCGGAACAAACUUUGAUGCGCCUUCGUAUGCCAGCUAUUAUGCAAGUCGCAGAAGAACGAUGGGAAGAAAUUGGUGUCGAUAUUUGUAGACUCUUGUUUAUACAUGGUAGAAUGAAGAUUGGAGGUGUGCGGGAUUGGGUUAAAGGAGACUCAAAACGCAAGGAUAAAAUGGAUCAAUACAUAAAAGCAUUCACAAAGAUGGCCAAUGAACAUUAUAUCAUUGCAGUAUUACCAGAACACAGUAGAUCAGCAGUGGACCGAUAUUUGGAAGCAGAACAAAAGGAAAGCGAGAAGUACACGAUCACAACUGCCAAAGAAAUCCAGGCCAUCAAAAAAUCCGCUCUAGAGUCAGUUGAAGCAGAAUAUGGAAUGCUCGAAAAUGCAGGUCUGAAGCGCAAGGCAAUUGAUGCAAUUUCUUCUGCUCAUAAGCGCAUGGCAGUAGAAAUAGAAGACAUGGAAGUAGAUGAAAAGAUUUAUUUCCAUAUCAACUAUGAACGCUUUAAUAUCCUUUUCCGUAAUAAUUCUGUUAUGGAUUAUGCGAUCGAGCGUAUCAAUCGUACAGCUGGACAGAUAGUAAAGGCAUUCUUCGAACAUGGAAAGAACAAGAUCCGAUCUCUGCACGAAAAUGACUCUCCAUCUGCAACCCCAAUGCACAUCGCCAAUAUCAUACCUCAGGAUGUAAUCGACCAGGGUGAUAUUGUCCUUCAACCUGAUUUGAUUAAUCCAGGAAAGAAGCCAUCUGUCCAAGAUAUUAUCACAGGCUACAUCACCCUUCUCAAGAUUGACUCAGCAGGCUUUGUAAGAUCAAGAGAUGAGCUUGGUUCAAGUCAAUACUCUAUAAACUUUCUCAAGUUGCGUGAGAAUAUGAAGCGGAAACUUUUGGAAGGUUUGGUGCGUGAAAAGAUGGGCGUAGCCACUUGCCGCAUCUUGCGGAUUUUGAUUGAAAAAGGAAAACUUGAUGAAUCGCAAGUCCAAAAGCUGGCUAUGUUGCCUCCCAAAGACACACGCGAAAAACUUGCGUUAUUAAACCUACGAGGCUUUGUAGAAAUCCAGGCAAAUAGACUUGAUGUUAAUGAAGUUCCAAGGACAGCAGAUCGUGCCCCUGGGCGUUCUUUCCACUUGUGGUAUGUGCCACUGGAAAAAAUCUACGAGGAACUUUUAGUAGAUGUGUACCGUACUGUGGCAAACCUUCAACAGAGACGUCGUCAAGAACUUAAAGUAAGAAGUCGCUUGCUGGAAAAGCUGAAUCGUCAGGACGUAAAAGAGAAUAUCGAUCUAUUGGGUGAAGGAGACAAGGCAGAAAUUACUCAGAUGGACAAGGUGCUUGAAAGAAUCGAAAUCUCAAAGAAAAGAUUAGAUCAGAUGAUUAUGAUUCUUAGAGAUUUUUAAUACGAAAUAAAAUAAAAUAACAUAAAAUGUUAGGCUUUUACUGCUGUACU